UAUCGAUUUCCCGAAACCUAGAAGGGUGCUCUAGGCAGCCAUAUUGCCAAGAAUUUUCACGUUUCCUCGAGUCCGAUACGACUUUUCGUCCAAAUCUGACCGUUCGAGGCAGUUGAAAAGACAAUAAUGUACCGAAGGUGGUAAAGAUCGCCCAGAGAUCCGGGAAAAAAGAGACAAAAUGGCGCCAAAUCCGAGCCGUCUCUUCAAAAGAGACGCUCCCCCUCAACAGGGGUCCACUGUAGCCAGUGUCGUAAGCACGGUAUCGCCGAAACCCGAAGAAAAACUUACCGAAAGCCGGUCUUCUACGUCAGCGACUGUUGGAGCUUCGUCCGGUCCAGGUUAUAAUGAACCCCACCCCCACAUAUUCAAUAACAAAUCAUUUCAUUCUUCUUUUCGCCGUACGACACCAUCAUAUCAAAGUGAACCAGAAAUUAAGCCCACGAAUGCGACUGCUACUAAUCCGUUUAAGGAGAUAUCGGAAUAUGCGGAAGACAAGUACGGCAUCCAUCCAUGGGUCUUGGUCACGAUUUCAAUAGCCGUAUGUGCAGUCGUUUUGGGCAUCUGCUUUUGCUGUAUAAGAAGAUGUUUCCGGAAGCGAAGGUCAAAAGACAAAAAGGGCAUGAAGGGAGCGGAUUUGAAAUCGAUUAAUCUACUAGGAUCUUCCUACAAGGAACAGGUGCAACCGGACAUGGACGAACUAACGGCUAACGUUGAAGAGCCCGACGAAGGUGAAAAGCCGGAAGUUCAGAAACUCGGAAAAUUGCAAUUUAAGCUGGAAUACGACUUUAACCAAAACAGCCUCUCCGUAACGGUCAUUCAAGCCGAAGAUCUUCCCGCACUGGAUAUGGGUGGAACGUCAGAUCCGUACGUAAAAGUUUACCUUCUGCCGGACAAAAAGAAAAAGUUCGAAACCAAGGUCCACAGAAAGACACUUAACCCCGUUUUCAACGAAACGUUCGUUUUCAAGGGUAUCCCAUACGCAGAUGCGAUGAACAAGACGCUCGUGUUCGCCAUUUUCGACUUCGAUCGUUUCUCCAAACACGACCAAAUAGGCGAGGUGAAAGUGCCACUGUGCCAAAUAGACUUGGCCCAAACAAUCGAAGAGUGGAGGGAGCUGCAAAGCGUGGAAGGCGAAGGUGGUCAGGACAACAAGUUGGGAGAUAUAUGCUUUUCUUUACGGUAUGUACCGACCGCUGGAAAAUUGACCGUUGUCAUACUGGAAGCUAAAAAUCUGAAGAAGAUGGACGUCGGAGGACUAUCUGAUCCCUACGUGAAAAUUGCCCUAAUGCAAAACGGAAAACGACUGAAGAAGAAGAAGACCAGUAUCAAAAAAUGCACUUUAAAUCCGUACUAUAAUGAAUCGUUCACUUUUGAGGUACCGUUCGAACAAAUACAGAAAGUAAACCUGGUCGUGACCGUGGUCGACUAUGAUAGGAUUGGCACGUCGGAACCUAUUGGAAAGGUGGUGCUUGGAUAUAAUGCAACAGGAACCGAACUGCGCCAUUGGUCGGAUAUGUUGGCCUCGCCGCGCAGACCUAUUGCCCAGUGGCACACGCUGAAAGAUCCCGAAGAUGAAAAGAAAGAUUAGAAAGUGAACCAUUGCCUACAACGCUACUUAAAUAUGUGGUUGUUUUUUAAGAUUUAUUGUUGAUGUUUACCCAAGCAUAAAGUGAAACCCGUACAUGUAUGUUUCUCGUGACAAAAAUAUACCAGACCUUACGAAGUCUACAUUCCUUCUCUCUAAAGCUAUAACAUAAUUUCUAGUAGUCGCUAUAAUGCUUUGGUUAUCCCGAAAAUAAUAUUUUCUUGUUCAGUUCUGAAAUGGAAUAAUGGUAGAAGAAUAUCGUUUCACAAUGUCGCUUGCAAAACAAGAUAUUUGGUAAAAUGGUUUUGUCGAUCCAUCAUAUUUCUCUCAGUGUACCCUGGAGUGUCAUAUCUUAUAGACGGCAACUAGUAGAAAUCUAGGGAGUUUGCCAAGACAAUAGAGACUUAUAGUAGUAUAGCACCUAGAGCUGUUGCAUACUAUGUACAAAAUUAUGCAAGAAUCGUUUGAAGUUCGGAGUUAUCUACAAGAAGCACAAUUAUGUUAAGUAGAAAUUUAAAAGCAACAUUCUUUAUUGUACAGAAAAAUUAGGAUGACAAACAUUGCAAGCUUCUCCUUACGCCCCCUGACAUUGAAUACACUGGCGAUUUUAAAUACCAUCGUCCAAACCAAUGAAAAUACUCGAUAUUUAGUUAUAUAGACGGAUGCUUUAGUAAAUGUGUUAAAGUAUGUAAAUAUUUGUAUUUUAUUAGAUUACUUUACGUGAGUUUUAUUCUUAGUCUGAUAGUGAGUUUUAUUCUUAGUCUGAUAUUAUCUUCCCCUUUGUUGUGUAUAUACGAAGUAAAUUUAUCUCUCCAAAUUAAAACCCUUACCUAAUAUAUGUGGAACACAGUGGUGCAAUGUUGUAUGUUAGGUAGGUACCCUUUAAGGUCCUCUGAUUUCCAAACCGUUUCAUACAAAAUAAUUUGUUUGCAAUUAAAACUGGUGAAUUUUUUGAAUUUUUAUUUAAAGACUGCCUAUAAUUUUGUCUGUUAUGUAAAUAUUUCCGCAAAUUGUAAUUUAAAUGACACACACUGGAUACCUCCAGUUUUACACAGGUAAUAUUUGGCACCAAUACCAACUAGACCAUAUUUUUACAACAUAAAUUUUUUGCAUUAUCACAUUAAAAAUAUGAGCUUAAUUUAUUUAGAAUAUCAAAUGGUUAGGAAACUGAAUCGAUUGAAAUUAGGGAAUGCACGAUGAUAGCUUUAUAAGGAUGGGCAAUAGUAGAUUACAAAUGUAUUAUAAAUCUUAGUGUCACAUAAUAAUAAAGAUUUGCCUCAAGGGCCUUGAACUGAUACAGGAACAAGUCUUAUAGAUC